AAAAGAUGGAUUUAAAAUGGAAGCAAUGUUGCUUUAUGUGCAUUGUUCUUGCUAUUAGAGUUACAGAAGCCCAUAUUUUCAAUGUCAAAGACUUCGGUGGGAAGGCUGAUGGCAAGACAGACAUCAGUAAAGCUCUGUUAUCUGCUUGGAAUGAUGCCUGUGAAUCACUUGAACCAAGUACGGUUCUCAUUCCAGAGGGAACCUAUUUCUUGGGUCCUGUAAUUUUGAAAGGACCAUGCAAGAGUCCUUCAAUUGGGUUUCAGCUUGAAGGAGUGGUGCAGGCUCCAUCCAAUCCUUCUGUUUUCAAGACCGACGGUUGGAUUGUUUUCCAAUACAUCAAUGGCUUGACCCUCUUCGGAAAAGGAACAUUUGAUGGGCAGGGACAAAGAGCUUGGAGUAUCAACAACUGCGCCCAAAAUCCUAAUUGCAAAAUGCUCCCCAUUAGUUUAAGAUUCAACUUCCUCAACAACACUUUGAUCAGAGACAUAACCUCACUGAACAGCAAAAAUUUCCACAUGAACUUCUUUGCAUGCUAUGACAUGACAGUUCAACACAUUAACAUAUCAGCACCCGGCGAGAGUGCCAACACCGAUGGUAUCCACAUGGGAAGCUCGGGGAGGAUCAAUAUUACCGACACAGUGAUCGCUACCGGUGACGAUUGCAUCUCCAUUGGUCCUGGUACCCGCAACCUAACUGUUACCAAAGUUGUAUGUGGACCAGGGCAUGGCGUUAGUGUGGGGAGCUUAGGCAAGUACAAAGAUGAAGAAGAAGUAUGUGGAAUCUCAGUGAGGAACUGCACCUUCAUCAACUCCCAAAAUGGUGUAAGGAUCAAGACAUGGCCUUCCUCACCUGCCGGUAUCGCCUCGGAUAUAAUCUUUGAGGAUAUCAUCAUGCAGAAUGUCUCCAAUCCAGUCAUCUUGGACCAAGAGUAUUGCCCACAUUUCAAAUGCGAUAAGGAUGAUCCAUCGCUUGUUAAGCUCAGCAACAUCAAAUUCAACAAGAUCAGAGGUACAUCAUCUUCGCAGCUUGCAGUCAUAAUAGCAUGUAGCAAAGGGGCACCAUGUGAGCACUUGGAGGUUGGAGACAUCCAUUUGGAGUACACUGGAACUGAUGGUCCCGCUCAGUCUACAUGUUCUAAUGUGAAACCCAUUUGUUCCGGCCUGCAGAUCCCCCCUACCUACUCCUGGAACCAGAUGAAAAUUGUUCUUACACAUAAUGACAAUAUCAAGAACUUUUCUGAUAUUGCUCAACAAGUGGAACUUAAAGCGGAGCGCCAAGAGGCAAACCGUGCUACUGCCCUAGUCACCCAAGGUGGCAAGCGAGCGACAAGACACAUAGCCAGAGAUCGAGCAGGGUUUGUAGAUUAUAGAAGGACUCCGACUGGUUUGCAGAGCAUCUUUAUGGGGAAUGGAACAAGCGAGGACGUUAAAGGUGUUGGAGUCUAUCAACUCCAACUGCGCACUGGGCACACCAUCCUACUCCAUGAUGUGUUUUAUGCACCUAGCAUCCAUCAUAAUCUACUUUCAGUUAUAGCUAUGUUAACUUUAGAAUAUUCAUUUACCAUUGAUGCAGAGGGUUUUACUUUUAUUCUGGAUAAUGGCGUUAUUGGGCAUGAUUUGAUUUAUGAUGGUUUUAUUAAAUUAGAUCUUAUUGAUUCUUCACCUUCUAAUUCUGUCUUUGUGAUUGAUGUGAAUGUGUGUUCUGAAUCCCCUACUUGGAAUGCUAGACUAGGACAGAUAGGGAGGGAUAGGAUGACCAGGCUAGCUCGAGAAGGCCUAUUAGGACCACUCGCUAAAGUCACCUUACCAACUUGUGAGUCUUGUCUAGCAGGUAAAGCUCAUCGGAAGCCUUUUGGUAAGGCAGUUCUGCGACUUGUCCCUUAG